GAAAGCACAAAUCACAACACAGUAGUAUAAAAAUCUAAAGGUAAAUAAAAAAGAGUGUUGAAAAUCACAAAUCACAACACAGUAGUAUAAAAAUCAAGGAACAGGAACAGAGAAUCAGUGAAUUAGUAGUAGUGCAAACCAACCUCAUCAUCAGUCUCUCUGUAUCUCCAUUCAUUCGUCAAAACAGAGCCUCCUUUCUGGAUCAAUUCACUUCUUCAACUUCAACUUAUUAAUUUACAAACAGACAAGAAGAACACAAACAAGCACCUGCAGGUUUUAUAAGUUUCAUGAAUUACUUCUUCUUUUUUUCUUCCUCUCUUGUUUUUCACGUCUCAAACUACUACUUCACCAUCAACACCAGCAGCUAAUUAGAGACAAGAAAUCACUUGGUUGUUUCAUCUUCUCAUUUGAUUUUUUUCACUCCAUAAGAUUUCAUCCAAUUCUUCAAUACAUAACCCAGAAACACAGAAUCAGAAGGUACACAAAGAUGGAAUUAAUGGUGAUUGAGCAAACCCAGAGCAAGAAGAGGAAGUACAAUCAUGAACAAGAUGACGUGCUGAUGAUGGGUUUUUCAAUUGAAGACCAAUUGAAUCAAGAUUUGCUAGAGAAAGUACUUUCAUGGCUGCCCACAUCAAGUUUCUACCGUUCACGUUCAGUGUGCAAGAGAUGGAAUUCAGUUGCAGAGUCUGCAUCUUUCAGGCUUGCUUGUCAACAAGUCCCCACCAGGGAUCCUUGGUUUUUCAUGGUUCAUAAUUCUCACCUUCAUCAAUCAAUUGUCUUUGAUACUUCACAAUCGAAUUGGAAACAUCUAAACGACAAGCGCCCGCCGCGUAAUCAAGUAAUCGGACAACAAUCAGGGAUUACCACUGAUAGCAGCAGAGACAAUGAUUUCAUACCUGUGGCAGCUUCAGGUGGUUUGGUCUGUUUCCGGUCAACAGGUUCCGGUGCAUUUCUUGUGUCGAACCCGGUCACCGGUGCUUCUCGAGAGCUUCCUGCAAUGCCCGCAACGACGCAGAACCAAAACAUUCAUGCAAUUGCGAUGAAUUCAUCUUCAAAACACUCGUACAGACUAGUACUAGUCUCCGGAGAGCUGCCGAACCUCGCGGUCAGCGUGUAUGAAUCGGGGAAAGAUUGCUGGAAUGAAGAGAUUAAGCUAAAUAGUCAGAAGGCAGAGGGGAAGGCUGCGGAGGGAGGAGACGAGGAUGAUUCGUCAGAGGCUGCGGGUGGCGGUGGUGGAGAUGAAGUGCUGUAUUUCCUGAGCAAGACUGGAGAUGUGGUGGCAACUAAUAUGCAGAGAAGUCCGUCGAAGCAGUACUCAUCGGUCAUAGCAGUUAAAGAUGGCGAAGAGAUUAUUUACUUUCUCAGCUCAUCUGGAACCGUCGUGGCGUGCAAUCUUGUUAAGGAGACGUUCUUCGAGUACCCGAGGAUGUUGCCAGUUUGUUACGAGUACUCUAUCGAUGUGGUCGAGUGCAGAGGCGAAAUGUUGGUAGUUGUCUUGUCAGAAUUCCUGGAAACUGCGAGCAUCAGAGUGUGGAGAUUUUCCGAAGAAGAGAAGGAUCGAACCUGGCGUCAGAUUGCAGUAACGCCUCCGUCUAUGUCGCACGAAUUGUAUGGCAAGAAGGCGGAUAUUAACUGUGUGGGUUCUGGAGAUGAGAAACUGAUGCUAUGCGUGAAUUCCAGCAAGGUUAGCAGGUACCUGAUGUGUGAUUUGGAGACGAAUGGCUGGACUGAAUUGCCAAAGUGUGGCGUGGAUGGAAAGCCGAAGGAGUUCAUGUCUGCAUUCUCUUUCGAGCCUCGAAUUGAAGCUCGUGUAUAAGAAGAGAUGGACUUGGAUACUCUGAUUAUUUUAGAAAUUGUGUGGAUUGAUCUGUGUUUGUAGGUUUCGUUUAACGAUCAUUAGUUCAGGACUAGUGUGCCGCGGCUAUUCUUAAUUCUUAUUGUUGAUCAUUGUUGCACAUUCAUUUAUCUAUUCAAUUACGAAAUAUUACUUCUGUUUCAGGAAAAUGGAUACUGUUAGACUUUUUCA